CUGUUCCCAUGCUUCCCCUGUGGAGGGCGCUGUACACCAGCUUUGCUGUGGGAUGUGCAGGAAGAUUUACCCCUUCCUUGGCUUUAUGUAACUCCUGGGCCCAGCAGAGAACGUACUGCGCCAAUGAUGAGGUCCGGAGGGCACAGGGGGCCACAGCGCAGGGAGCCGCACCCACCAUCUUCUCCCGGAUCCUGGACAGGACUCUUCCUGCAGAUAUCAUCUAUGAGGAUGACCAGUGUUUGGCGUUCCGGGAUGUUUCUCCUCAGGCUCCAGUUCAUUUCCUUGUGAUUCCUAAAAUUCAGAUUCCAAGAAUAAGUCAGGUGACUCCAGGAGACAAAGAGCUCGUCGGUCACCUAUUGGUCACGGCCAGUCAGCUGGCCCAGCAAGAGGGUCUGUCUGCCGGGUACCGGAUGGUGAUCAAUGAUGGCCAGCAGGGGGCGCAGUCCGUCUAUCAUCUGCAUAUACAUGUGAUGGGGGGGCGGCAGAUGGGGUGGCCCCCCGGGUAAUAAUACCUGUACAAUAAACACGUGCCUGCAAUAAAGUGAGACCUUAC